UGACACGGACAAGCUUCUGAACGUUUGCUGAACAAGUACUUGUUUCGUAAUACCUAGCUCGCAAAAUUUGGACACUUUGCCGUUUAAUCAAAUAAUUACAAUAUUUAACAAUGUAUCACCAAUUCAGCAGAGCUACCGGCAGGCUGGUAUCAGUCUCGGCUUCAAACUUGCAGAGCCCGCUAUUCCCUGUUGCACCAAUUGCACUGCAACGAGCGGAGCCGCCAGCAAUCCAGUACAACACAGCUCAGAUGUCCACAGUGAAUGAGGCUUGCGUCGCCAGUGGUGCAAGGAAGACCAUCCCCGGCACCAACAUUCCCUACGCUCCAGUACCAGAGAGUAUCCGCAAGCAGCAAGCACAGUUCCAAAAAGACGACGACGUCCCAGUAUUCCUGAAAGGUGGCCCCCUGGAUGGCAUCCUAUACCGCCUGACCAUGGCUCUCUGCGUCGUAGGGCUCCUUGGAAUCGGCCAGACAGUCUAUGAACACGCCUUCCCAAAGAAGCAAUAGAUAUUAUUUUUAAUUUAUGUAUUAGACGUCUGUGUUAUGCAAAUAUAAGAACUGCAAUUAGAUUCCAAUAAAGGUGCGAAAAUACCA